GGAACGACACGGUUUUACAGAAAACAUGAACAUGCAUCAUCAUCUUCUUCUUCAUUCACCACGACCAUGAUCUCCUUCUCCUUCUCUCUGAUCUCUACCUAGGAGAGACUAUGACUUGAGAUCAAUAGCCAACACACUACCGAGCUAGACAAGGUGUUGGUGUUGGUGUUCUUGGAAAGCCAUUUAUAACAAAACCAAUUUUAUAAAUGGGUACAUUCUCUGGCUUUAGAAAGGCUUAUGGAGCUCUGAAGGAUUCUACCAAGGUUGGCCUUAUCAAGGUCAACAGUGAAUUCAAGGAUUUGGAUAUUGCCACUGUGAAGGCCACAAGUCAUGUUGAGUGCCCUCCGAAAGAGCGUCAUGUCCGAAAGAUUUUCUCUGCAACAUCGGUGGUACGCCCUCGAGCAGAUGUGGCAUAUUGCAUUCAUGCGCUGGGCAAGAGAUUAUCCAAGACUAGGAGUUGGAUUGUUGCCAUAAAGACAUUGAUAGUUAUUCAUAGAACAUUGCGAGAGGGUGAUCCUACCUUUAGAGAGGAGCUUCUGAAUUAUUCUCAGAGAGGACAUAUGCUCCAAAUUUCCAAUUUUAAAGACGACUCAAGUCCCCUUGCUUGGGAUUGUUCUUCUUGGGUUAGGACAUAUGCCCUCUUUUUAGAAGAACGUCUAGAAUGUUUCCGAAUUUUGAAAUAUGACAUUGAGUCAGAGCGUUUGACCAAGACAAAUCCAGGAUCAACCAAGGUGCAUAGUAGAACACGAAUGUUGGGAGCUGAUGAACUGUUGGAGCAGCUACCUGCACUGCAGCAACUUCUUUACCGACUAGUUGGUUGCCAGCCUGAAGGAACAGCUUAUAACAAUUACCUUGUACAAUAUGCCUUGGCUCUGGUAUUAAAAGAGAGCUUUAAAAUAUAUUGUGCCAUCAAUGAUGGAAUCAUAAAUCUCGUAGAUAUGUUCUUUGAUAUGCCAAGACAUGAUGCAGUUAAAGCUCUCAAUAUUUACAAAAGAGCCGGUCAACAGGCUGAGCAUCUUGCUGAGUUUUAUGAGUAUUGCAAGGGUUUAGAUCUUGCUAGAACUUUUCAGUUUCCAACACUGAGACAGCCACCUCCGUCAUUUCUUGCAACAAUGGAAGAGUACAUAAAAGAAGCACCUCAGUCUGGUGCUGUUCAAAAGAGACUGGAGUACCAUGAGACAGAAGAGCAGCUGCAAAAACCAGAAGAACCACCGACACCUCCAGAGCCUGAAAAAGAAGAAGAAAAAGUUGAGGAACCACCUGAAAAAGUUGAGGAAGCACCCCAACCAAAGGAGGAAGAGGUAGUUGAACCUCCUCCUUUGAUCGAAACUGAUCUGCUGGGCCUAAAUGAAAUAAAUCCAAGAGCUGCAGAAAUUGAAGAAAGAAAUGCUCUAGCUCUUGCUAUAGUUCCAGAAGGGACUGCACCACAAUCUGGAUCAAAUUUAAAUGACAUAGGUGGGACUUCAGGUUGGGAGCUGGCCCUUGUAACCACACCAAGCACCAAUACUGGCCCUGUGGUAGAUAAAAAGUUGGCUGGUGGGUUUGACAAGCUAUUACUCGAUAGCCUGUAUGAAGAUGAAGGUGCAAGGAGACAUCUACAACUCCAAAAUGCAGGAUACGGUUAUGGUGCUACGAGUGUGCAAAAUCCAUUUGAACAAGCACAGCAGCAGCAGCCUGUACUUGAUCCAUUUGCAAUGUCUAACAGCAUAGCGCCACCUACGAACGUGCAAAUGGCACUAAUGGCUCAACAACAACACCACGUACACCAACAGCAACACCAAAUGCAGCAACAGUUUCAACAACAACAGAACAUGAUGAUGGUACCUCAUCCAUAUUAUUCUCAAUAUAACCAGAUGCAACAACCCGGAGGCCCGUCGAAUCCAUUUGGAGACCCUUUCAGCUUCCCAGCUCCUUCUAGUGCAACGCCUAACCAGGGAAACCAGCACCUACUGUAG